AUGGCGACCGAGGGCGAAUACGAGUCGAUCCUGUGUGUGAAACCUGACGUCAACGUUUACCGAAUCCCGCCGCGGGCAUCGAACCGGGGAGUCAGGGCUGCGGAUUGGAAGCUGGACGCCCCUGAUUGGACAGGCCGCAUGAGAGUGACGGCUCGGGGAAAAGUGGCUUUCAUCAAACUGGAGGACAAGAUCUCUGGGGAGCUGUUUGCACAGGCACCAGUGGACGAGUACCCUGGCAUCGCCAUAGAAACCGUCAGUGACUCCAGUCGUUACUUUGUGCUUCGGAUCCAGGAUGAGAGUGGUCGCAGUGCGUUCAUAGGCAUCGGGUUCGGGGACAGAGGAGACUCGUUUGACUUCAACGUGGCGCUGCAGGACCACUUUAAGUGGGUGAAACAGGAGCUUGAGAUCAGUAAGCAGUCUCAGACUCCAGACAACACUCCUAAACUGGACCUGGGUUUCAAAGAAGGACAGACCAUCACUCUCAAUAUCGGGCAAGGCAGAAAGAGAGACAAGUCCCGCCCCCAGAGCGCUGGUGGCUUUGGGCUCCUCCCUCCUCCCCCUGGCGGUGGUGGUGCCAAGAUAGCCCCUCCCCCUAUGUCAAGCUCCUCCAAUGACAACGAAGGUUUAUUCUCAGGGGGAGACUUAUUUUCUGCGGGAAGUGACUCGUUUUCAGGGGGUAGUGACACAUUUUCAGGAGGAAACAACACAUUCUCAGCAGGAAGUGACAUGUUCUCAGGGGGAAGUAACACAGGCUGUUUGUUAGACCUGGACAGCAGUAACUCCAACUCUGUGGUGCAGCCGAACCCCAACCCUACAAGCGGCUCGGACAUGUGGGGAGACUUCUCUGCCCCAGAAAAGUCAAUGUCUCCUCUCGCCAACGAUGAUGGUUCCACCAACUGGCAGCAGUUCUGAGGCCCUCCCACAAUCCCUUUCACUUGACCUUCACCUGACCUUUAACCCCUGACCAGAGGAGGACUCCAGCAGAACACUGUAUAUUAUCACCUCAACCUCAGUGUACUCUCUCUCUUCCCCCUCUCUUUAAUUUUCUCUCUCUCACCCCUCCCCCACUCUCUUCACCCCUCUCCUGGCUUCCUCUCCUUACCAUCCUCUCCUUCUACAUCUUUCCCUCUCAGCCCCAAAGUUACAAUCUCUUCCCCCGUCCCCCUCUCCUUGCCCUUCUCUCCCUCUGUCUCUCUAUCUAUUGCAACAGAGUAUGUAUUUAUUGCUGAGAGAAAAGACUGAGGUUAAAUGUCUCUAAAUGAAAGAUGUUACAGAAAGGAAUGAUGGGGGCUCACACUAAUAUAGUCUUGAUAAAUAAAUACAUUAAUUCAUUUAUGUACAUAAUAUAUUAUUGUAAAUGUAUAUAGUGUCAGUAGUUUGUAAUUCCCAUUGUUGUUGUGGUAGUGUUGUAGCUAAUUUUCCUUUAGAAUCUCCAGUACAACUGGAAUUAUCGCCUGAAAUAACUGAUUUACAGGAUGCAUUAGUAUAUGACCAAGUUAUCUUAUAUCUGAUCCAAGGUCAGUUUAGCUUUUUCCUCUUAAUUGCUAAGGUUAGGCCACGGUGAGUCUGGAGCUGUGCUUUGGAGCAGCUUCUGCUUUGAGUGGACACUGAUCUACUGUAAGUUUACACAGCAGCCAUGCUGUUUAGCGCCCCUUAGUGGGCUAUUGCGGUCCUACAACCACAGUCUGACAGGGAGAGUGGUGAGAUGCACAGCAGCAGCUGCUGUGGACGUUAUCACUGCUGGGGAUGGGCACUUGUCUGGGUCACUUGGCUGCAUUGUUUUAACAGGAGGCUGGUGUUAGUUGGUCAAUUA